UCACCCAACUACCACAUACCGCCAUGAGCAGCAAAGGUGUAAAACGCGCGUCCCCCGGCGCCGAGGCCGAGAAGAACCCCCUCGGGGACGUCGAGCUCACCGACGAGGAUGCCGUCAAGCUGCAGGCCAUCCAGAAGGACGUCGCCCGCGUCGAGCUCGCGCUCGAGCGCCGCGCGCAGGAGAAGAUGGUGCCCGUGUACGAGAAGCGGCGCGCGGUGGUGAAGGCGAUCGCGAAGUUCUGGCCGGUCGCGCUGAUGAACCACGGCAUGCUCGCGCUGCACGUGCAGCACAACUCGGACCAGGCCGCGCUCAGCUACCUCGAGGACCUGUGGAUCGUCCGGGACCCGGUCGAGUCGCGCUGCUUCACGCUCGAGUUCCACUUCAAGGAGAACCCGUACUUCUCGAACACGGUCCUGAAGAAGGAGUACAAGUACCUCGCGCCGCCCGUUGAGGGUGAUGACAAGCCGGACGCCGAUGGCAUCACGGAGACGAUGGUAGAGUUCUCUUGGGAACGCGAUGUCCAGCCCCAGGCGACAAAGAUCGACUGGAAGGACGAGGCGAAGAACCUGACGAAGCUGCACCCGCGCGUGACGGACGAGGACGACGACCUGCCGUCCGAGGGCGGAAGCUUCUUCAACUUCUUCGAGGUUGCGCAGGACCCUUUCGAUAUUGGGGUCACGAUCGCCAACGACGUGUUCCCUGAGGCGAUCGAGUACUUCCUCGGGCACGCUGGGGGCGACGACGUGGACAGCGACGAGGAGGACGACGACAGCGAGGACGACGACAACGAGGACGAGAUCGACCUGGAGAAGCCGCGCCCGAAAAAGCAGAAGCAGGCGUAGGCUGGAUGGAGAUGGAGAAGGGCGGCGCGGGAUUGCCGAGACGGAUUUCAUACGGGGUGUAUGAGCGCAUGCAGUGUCGGGGCGCGCACUGGGCGCGUUGUCGCGAAAAAGCAGAAUGCAUCAUGGAUGUCGAGUGAUCGGGAGCCUAAAUAUACCGCGGUGUGCAUUGG